AAUUCGAAUAAAUAUUUUAUUCCAUCAACAUCCUUUGAGUAUAACAGAGUUGUCAGAAGUGCACAGUAUGAUGAACUCGCAUCUAACAAUGUACCAGUGACAUCAUUUGCUUCUCAAACAUUCAUAAACAGCUAUCCAUCUGCAUUUUCCUCCACUGGUUAUUAUUCUAAUCCUUCGUAUCAAGCUCCUUAUUUUUACCAAUCAGGUAAUGAAUUUACAAGUUUUGCGCAUCCGCCUAAUACCUGGGCUAGUGGCUAUCCUACUAAUCCCACCUCAAGUGGUGUUAAUCCCACCUUGAGUGGAUGGCCUGUUCCAGGCUCCAACGUUGCAAGCGCUCCUAGUCUCAAUAUUGAAUUUCCUACUCCAGCUUCUGCUCCUUGGCCAUCUGCUCUAUCUGAUUACGACUCUAGCGUAGGAGGUUUUCCAGAGACAUAUGUGCCUCCUCCUCCACCACCACCUCCUCCUCCUCAACCUCCUUUGAUUGAGCCACCAAUAUAUCCUACAGGAUCUCAAAAUAUUAUAAAUAGUAUUAUCCCAGAAGGUGUCAUUAUUCCAGUAUUUCCUCAAAAUGGUGAAGAAACAUAUGAUUAUACAAUAGCUGGAAAUGGUACAAUAUUAAAUACUGCGUUGCCAUCUCCAAGUACAAUUUCCAUUCCUUCAAAUCCUCUUACUUUUCCUACUCAAAUACCAACAUCUGGCAGUAGCAGUUCAUUUACAAACCCACCUGUAUGGAUAACACCAACAGCAAUCAGUCAAUACACAAACUUUAAUCCAUUUACAACUCCGCAAGUUCCUAAUCCUUUUACUUUACCGCAUACAGUUCAAUCUCCAAAACCUAUUAGUACCCCUUCAAAUUCUAUUCCACCUACAAUUCCAAGUUAUCCCACGAGUAGUGCUGGAGGGUUUUCUGGUUAUGGGUCAGGAUUAAGUUCUUAUUAUCCAAUUACUACUCCAAAAAUUAUAAUCACACCAAUUGAACCUACUUCUUAUAGUACCCCGUCUACCACUAAAAAAACAAAAAACCCAUUUUUUACUUUAAAUCCAUUCACUUUUCCAACUACCCACAAGCCUGAAACUACCACUGCAAAAACUAAAAGGCCUAGUAAACACACUCUAUUCAAUCCAUUUACAAAAUUUACUCCUAAGCCUGAGAGCACUUCAUCAGGGCCUAGUGCUACAGGAAUUAGUGGUAGUGGUUCUGGUUCAGGAAGUGGUAGCAGUUCUGGUUCAGGAAGCGGUAGUGGUUCUGGUUCAGGAAGUGGUAGUGGUUCUGGUUCAGGAAGCGGUAGUGGUUCUGGUUCAGGUUCAGGAAGUGGUAGUGGUUCUGGUUCAGGAACAGGAGCAGAAUCUACUCAUUCUUUCACCCAUUUCAAUCCAUUCACAUUUCCCACCACACCUAAAACUACCCAUAAAAGAAAACACACUUCUAAACCAGUUACUACUGCUUUUGGAGGUUCAGCUUCCGGAACGGGUAGUGGUUCUGGUUCAGGAAGUGGUAGCAGUUCUGGUUCAGGAAGCAGUAGUGGUUCUGGUUCAGGAAGCGGUAGCGGUUCUGGUUCAGGAAGCGGUAGUAGUUCUGGUUCAGGUUCAGGUUCAGGUUCAGGUUCAGGUUCAGGAAGUGGUAGUGGUUCUGGUUCAGGAACAGGAGCAGAAUCUACUCAUUCUUUCACCCAUUUCAAUCCAUUCACAUUUCCCACCACACCUAAAACUACCCAUAAAAGAAAACACACUUCUAAACCAGUUACUACUGCAUUUGGAGGUUUAGCUUCCGGAACUGGUAGUGGUUCUGGUUCAGGAAGUGGUAGCAGUUCUGGUUCAGGAAGCAGUAGUGGUUCUGGUUCAGGAAGUGGUAGCGGUUCUGGUUCAGGAAGCGGUAGUGGUUCUGGUUCAGGUUCAGGUUCAGGUUCAGGUUCAGGAAGUGGUAGUGGUUCUGGUUCAGGAACAGGAGCAGAAUCUACUCAUUCUUUCACCCAUUUCAAUCCAUUCACAUUUCCCACCACACCUAAAACUACCCAUAAAAGAAAACACACUUCCAAACCAGUUACUACUGCUUUUGGAGGUUCAGCUUCAGGAACUGGUAGUGGUUCUGGUUCAGGAAGUGGUAGCGGUUUUGGUUCAGGAAGCGGUAGUGGUUCUGGUUCAGGAAGUGGUAGUGGUUCAGGUUCAGGAAGUGGUAGCAGUUCCGGUUCAGGAACAGGAGCAGAAUCCACUCAUUCUUUCACCAAUUUCAAUCCAUUCACAUUUCCCACCACACCUAAAACUACCCAUAAAAGAAAACACACUUCUAAACCAGUUACUACUGCUUUUGGAGGUUCUGCUUUAGGAACUGGUAGUGGUGGUAGUGGUUCUGGUUCAGGAAGCGGUAGUGGUUCAGGUUCAGGUUCAGGUUCAGGAAGUGGUAGUGGUUCUAGUUCAGGAACAGGAGCAGAAUCUACUCAUUUUUUCACCCCUUUCAAUCCAUUCACAUUUCCUACUACACCUAAAACUACCCAUAAAAGAAAGCACACUUCUAAACCAGUUACUACUGCUUUUGGAGGUUCAGCUUCAGGAACUGGUAGCAAUUCUGCUUCAGGAACAAGCAGUGGUACAGGUUCUGGAUCAGAAUCUACCAAUUUGUUCACCCCUUUCAACCCAUUUACAUUUCCCACUACACCUAAAACUACCCAUAAAGGAAAACACACUUCUAAACCAGUUACUACUGCUUUUGGAGGUUCAGGUUCAGGAACAGGCAGUGGUACCAGCUCAAGUUCUGCAACAUCAAGUUCUGGAACAGGGCCCGGUGAUCAAUUCCCCUUUUUCCAUCACAGUACAACCACGCCUCAUUCAAAAACAAAAAGCACUACAAAAAAGGAGUCUGGUAUAUUCAAUUUCUUCACCCAGCGAACCACUCCUAAACCAGUUACCACUGCUUUUGGAUUCUCGGGUUUUGGAACUGGUAGUGGCAGUAAUUUUGGUUUCUCAGCUCCUGGAACCUCUACAGAAAAAUCAUCACAUAAAAAUAAACACAAAAAUAACUCAAAUACUGCUUCAGGAACAGGUAGUGCUACAGGCUCAAGCUCUGGAGCAGAAUCUGGUAAUUUAUUCCCAUUUUUCAAUCAUGGUACAACCACACCUGAGUCAAAGACAAAAAGUACUACAAAAAAGGAAUCUGGUAUAUUCAAUUUAUUCACCCAGUCAACCACUCCUAAACCAGUUACCACUGCUUCUGGAUUCUCUAGUUUGGGAACUGGUAGUGGCAGUGGCUUUGGUUUCUCAGCUCCUGGGACCACUACAGAAAAAUCAUCGCAUAAAAAUAAACACAAAAAUAACUCAAAUACUGUCACAGGCAGUGGUUCUGGCUCAAGCUCUGGAACAGAGUCUGGUAAUCUAUUCCCCUUUUCCAAUCAUGGUACAACCACAUCCAAGUCAAAAACAAAAAGUACUACUAAAAAGGAAUCUGGUUUAUUCAAUUUCUUCACUCAGUCAACGACUCCUAAACCAGGUUCCUCUGCUUUUGGAUUCUCAGGUUUGGGAACUGGUGGUGGCAGUAGCUUUGGUUUCUCUGCUCCUGGAACCACUACAGAAAAAUCAUCACAUAAAAAUAAACACAAAAAGAACUCAAAUACUUCUGGAGUUUCUGGGUUAGGAACAAACAGCGGUACUGGCUCAGGCUCAAGUUCAGGGACAGGAUCUAGUGGUCCAUUCUCCUUUUUCAAUCAUGGUACUACAACAUCAAAGCCAAAAACGAAGACUACCACAAAGGGCUCGGGUAUAUUUGAUUUAUUUACUCAACCAACCACUCCUAAACCAGUUACCACUGCUUUUGGAUUCACAAAUUUUGGAACAGGCAGUGGUAGUGGUAUUGGCUCUGCCAUCUCUGUUCCUGGAAGUACUGGUACCGGAGGUUCUGCUUUGGGGACAGGUAUUGGUGGUAGAAACUUUGGUUCUGGAAAAAAAUCUAGCAACCCAUUUAAUUUAUUUGGAGGGCUCAAUUCAGUUAGUAAGUCUAAACCUAAAACUGCUACUGCUAGAAAUUCACAAUCCAAAUCUAAUCCAUUCAAUUUUUUUGAUCUCGGUAAAAGUAAAUCGGCAAGCACCAAUCAACAAUCAAAUCCACCUAAUCUGUUUAAUCCUUUUGGUACUAACCCUUCGCCAACUUUU